GCUUUACAACUGUGUGAAAAUUGACACUUAUAUACGUGACCCCCCCUUAAAAAAAGGAAAUUAACGAUUUGAAGUUGUCGCUUUAAUUCGUACUCGUCACUAGUAGCCUGAUAUUUUCAAGUUCUGUGAACAAAAUAAAACAGGCAUUCAUGAAGAAUUACUAAAGUUUUGUCAGUUUAUUAUUGCUUCUGGAUAUUUUGUUAGACUGUUUAGCACAAAAUGUUCUAUUUUUCUGCAGUCAAAACUGACUGUUCAUCUAUAUUCGGGCGAAACCUGCUGGCGCGGUGCCGAUUCGUGCGUAAGACUAGUAAUCCGGAAAAAGCGGUUACUAUUCUUAAAUGCACAACAGUCUGAAUUCAUGGGAAAUGUUUUUGUGAUUCAAAGAGCUAGUAGUCCGAGCUGGUUUUUCACUCGACCGUCUCAGGUAGGAGUGCUGCAGCUCCACCUGAGCAGGCUUCACUGUGCGCUUUGUUCCAGGCGUCACUGCUUUGCAUCAUCAGACCAGCUCGCAGGAGUCGGCGCCUUUCUCUCUCCUAUGAAAAUUCUGCGCGGCGUGCUCCAAAUUGCUUUGGCAAACGCACAGAGCUUGGCGCCCCCCUCAUUGUGUGCCGCUGCUCCCAGAACCAGGUUUUUCAUGCAUCGUUCAAGUGACAGAUGAUCCCCUGAGUUCAAGAGCCCAUCUCAUUGAAGGGUUUCGUGAGAUAUAUUUACCCAACAAUACAAUGGCUUCCAACAUAAUUGUGGAACAACAGUUCUCACACAAAUUCACUGUGACAGUGGUCCGAGCUGAGAACGUCACCAAAGGAGCGCUGGGUGAUCUGUUGGAUACCCCAGAUCCAUAUGUGGAGCUGUUCAUCCCAACAGCCCCGGAAAGCAGGAAAAGGACCAAGCAUAUCGACAAUGACAUCAAUCCAAAGUGGAAUGAGACAUUUCAUUUCAUUUUGGAUCCCAACCAGCAAAAUGUCUUGGAGUUAACAUUAAUGGAUGCAAAUUACGUGAUGGAUGAGACCCUCGGGACAGCGUCCUUUGACAUCUCAAAGUUUGAAGUGGGCCAGACAAAGAUGGAAACGUUCCUUAUUGGCAAAGCAACCAAAGUAUACCUUAACCUGUCACUGGAGAUCUGUACGAACCUGGAUUUAAGGUUCAGCCAUGCUCUCUGUGAUAAAGAGAAGGAGUUCAGACAAACCCGUAGAGAAAGAGUGAUGCUAGGCAUCAAAAAGCUGCUAGACAUGGAGAAGCCCCGCUUCCUUCCCAGUUCCCCAGAAGAGGUGCCUGUAAUAGCUAUAGCAGGGUCAGGUGGGGGCUUCAGAGCCAUGGUCGGCUUCUCGGGUGUCAUGAAGGCCCUGUUCGAGUCUGGAGUUUUAGAUUGUGCCACAUAUGUCGCCGGGCUCUCUGGAUCCACUUGGUACAUGUCAGCUCUUUACUCCCACCCGGACUUUCCUAACAAGGGACCGAAGGACAUCAACAAUGAGUUAAUGAACAGAGUUAGUAGUAAUCCACUAAGGCUGCUGAUGCCGCAGCACAUCACCAACUAUAUACAGGCCCUUUGGACCAAAAAGGCCUCGGGGCAGCCUGUUACUUUUACCGAUAUAUUCGGUAUGCUCAUCGGGGAAACACUCGUACCCUCGAGGAUGCACAUCAAGCUGAGUAAUAUACAGCAAAGAAUAAACCAGGCCCAGAAUCCUCUUCCUCUCUUCACAUGUCUGCACGUCAAGCCAGACGUUUCUGAACUGAUGUUUGCAGAUUGGGUCGAGUUCAGUCCGUAUGAAAUUGGGAUGGCAAAAUAUGGCACCUUCAUGACGCCCGACUUGUUUGGAAGCAAGUUCUUCAUGGGAACUGUGGUGAAGAAGUAUGAAGAGAACCCUCUGCAUUUUCUGAUGGGUGUUUGGGGAAGCGCCUUCUCCAUUCUGUUCAACAGAGUGCUGGGAGUCAAGGACACAGGUGGAAGUGGUGGCAGCACCAUGGAGGAGGAGUUAGAGCAGAUCAAACCACAGCACAUAGUCGGAGAAGAUAGCCUGGACAACGAUGACGAGCCUCGCAAAGGUGGAACGGAAAACCAGGAGGCAGAGGAGGAGUAUAGCCGCACUGCUCAGGCCAGUUGGGUUCACAGGACGUUCACGUCCUUCUUCAGUGAGUCCGUUCUCUUCAACACUAGGGAGGGACGAGCUGGAAAGGUGCAUAAUUUCAUGCUGGGCCUGAAUCUGAACACAAGCGUACCCUUUUCUCCUGUCACUGGGGUAAUGCCCUCUUCAGUACCUGAGGAGGAGGUGGAUGCUGUAACAGAUCCGGAUGAAUUUGAUCGCAUUUAUGAGCCUCUUGAUGUGAAAAGUAAGAAAAUCCAUAUUGUGGACAGCGGCCUAACAUACAACCUCCCGUACCCUCUCAUCCUGCGGCCGCAGCGUGGUGUUGACCUCAUCAUCUCUUUUGACUUUUCUGCACGACCAAGUGACUCUAGCCCCCCAUUUAAGGAGCUGCUGUUGGCAGAAAAGUGGGCCAGAAUGAACAAGCUUCCAUUCCCUAAGAUUGACCCCAAAGUGUUUGACCGUGAGGGCCUGAAGGAGUGCUACGUCUUCAAACCAAGGAAGGGUGAAAAGAACUGUCCCACCGUCAUCCACUUUGUCCUGGUCAACAUCAACUUCAGGACGUUCAAAGCACCCGGAGUUCCCAGAGAAACUGAGAUGGAGAAGGAACUGGCAGACUUUGACAUUUUUGACGACCCUGAGACGCCGUACUCCACUUUUAAUUUUCAGUACACCAACAAGGCAUUCACACAACUCCAUGACUUAAUGGAGUUCAACACCCUUAACAACCUUGAGGUCAUCAAAGAAGCCAUCAAAGAUUGCAUUGUGUCCCGGAAAGAAAACCCUGCAAGCCUCUCACAUCCCUUUUCUCUUAAAGAGAUUCCUAAAAAGAAGUUUCCUAAAAGAAGCACAGCCUUCGAAUCAUCUUGAGAAUGAAAAACAUUAACUUUGAGCUAAGACUUGAAAUGAGAAAGAAUUUUGUCAUAUCAUCUAUAUCUUUAUUUGUUUGUUCAUUGGCAAGAUGCUGUUUCCUUGUAUAUUUUAAUUUAUGAUUUUAUUCAAAUCUAGAUUUUACAUAAUAAUCCAACAUUUGAACUUCAGUAUAAGAGAGUUACAGUCAGAAAAACAUAAGAUUGCAUUUUGUUUUUACAUUUUCAUCUGGUUUCAGAUGUGCAGGUGUGACUGCUAAAAAAAACUUUACAUACUGCAAAAACUUAAUGCUGAUUUUCCUGCUGUAUUACACUUUGAUUAAUAGGCUACUUAAUAGACGUGUGUGGACUGGACCCUUAUCUCUGCUAUCACAAAUGGCUAAAUGUUUAUUUCUGUUGUUUUCAUAAAUUCAUAGAUAGCACAAAACCGCAGUUACUUUCCUUUUUUGCUGCUGCAGAAAAAAAAUAUUCACUGUAUUCAAUCUGCAGAAUACAUACAAAUGCUUUACUGCACUUCAGGAUGGGGCAUUUGCAUGUAUCUGCAGUAAAUGUUGGUUUUAGGUCAGUGAGUUCACUGUGACAUUUCUUUUUCUGUUCCUGCAUGCCAAUAUUAUGUGGAACUGUGCAGCAUGCAAAUAACUUGUUUUAUGUGUUGUUGCUUUUAUUAUAAUUAUUUACCAGAACACAAUAUAUACAUAAUUAUGUAUUCAAGUUCAGAAACAUUGACAUAGAUCACGCAAUGUUUGGUGUAAAGGCAUCGUCUAAACACAGCAACUGCACCGCCUCUUAUACCUCAAUGAUCUUUGCGUUGUUUGCCCACCCACAUGCAGGAAGCACUCCCUUUGGGGAGUGUCUUGCUAAUAAAUCCACCAUGUUGGAAAAACAAAAGUCAAUACCAUAGCAACUGCCUUAUCUAUUCUGCUUCCUCUUGCAGCAGGAUAAAGAUGACUGAUGGUUCAGUGUGCCACAAUGACACAAUUUACUACUUUUUGUGUCCAAACCCCAUCUUAGACUCUGAAACCAGGGUGGUUUUACAUGGAACAACUAAGUUGAGUGGCCCUUGACAACAUUCGGUGGAAUUUUACACACUACACCUACACCUAAAGCGGUAAAAGUCAGGAAUUUGACACACUACGCCUACACCUGUAGGGGCCUGCGGACUGCACACACACACACAGAGGUGGAAUUUGGCACCGAUUCGCUUGCGUAUGCUCUAUACUCAAAUUUCAUCUCCUAGUUUUGAAACCUGCUGCAGGGAUUCAUAUUUAGAAAGUCUUUCGUUUUUUGUUAAAAAAUUUCUCUUUCCUUUUUUAGAGUGAGGACAUUUUUUAUCCUCAAUUGUAUGUUUUUCAAAGAAAUCGUGUGGCGGGUUUGGUAAAUUGUUCUUCCCUCGGGUGAAUCAAAGUUACCCGAGGAGUUGAAGAGCUUUGACGUGUCUGGAUAUGCAAGCGAUUAAAAAGCAAAUUAUGUACAAGAGUUAUCCAAAAACCGUAAUUUUAAAGUCAUGAUAGUAAAAGCAGGUUAAUGGAUUCAUGUAUUUUGCUGCCUUUGCACUAGCUCAAUUUAAUCGUUUUUCAGAACAUUCUUUUUUGUUUAAACUCUUGAGGUUAUCAUCAAGAAAACAGUGCCGUUCACACUGUUAAUAUGCACUGCUGGCUUUUGUGUAGAUAUUCAUUUAUUUUAACAAAAUUGUAAUUCUGAUAAUAGAUCAUAGAGUUUUAUAGCAACAAAACAAGCAUUGGUAAUUUUGUAUUGUCAACUUUUGUGGGUUACUAUGUUACACUUUAACUUGUCAUUUUGCAUUUUACUGAGAAAACAAGACAUGUAGGGGCAUUUUAUGUCAUCUAUGAUCUUUGACACUGUUUACGUAUAACAAGAUAGAAGGUCAGUUCAUAGGAUUUGAAAGGUUCGCAUAAAUACUUGUGCGAUUUUCGCCGUGUCAUGACUGGCAAUGUUAUGAGGUAAAUGUGUAUGUUAAAAUAAAAAAAGGAGACAUUUAA